AUGUGGUUUGUUUUCGUGUUAAGGGAUAAUUUCACCGAUCCUGUGGCACAGAGAUGGAACUCGUCCUCUUACGACUUCACCGAAAUAACGAUCGACAAAAACUUCGCCUUGUUACUUGUCUCGCUGAUCUCUGCUAUACUAUGGAUUGUAUACAUCACGUAUUACAACAGCCGCGUCCUCGGCUACAUACUGACGAGACUGAUCAACAGAUUCUACUUCCAAGAUGAGAACUUCAAGAUUGGAUCAUUCACACUCAAUGCUCUCUCAGGGAAAAUAAUGUUCCGAGACAUAGUGUACAUAAACUAUGACUACACUCUACGUAUACAAGACGGGUACUUGAUAUUCAGAUGGUGGCGCUCUUACGUCCCUAAAGAUGUCUCAGAAGACUUAUCACAUUCCGAUACCCGAUUAUCAAUCAUGUUAAACGGCUUCGAAUUACAUUUCUACAAUCGGUGCGACCUUUACAAUGAACUGGAAAAAACAUUCGGAUUAGACCCUGGAAUUAAACAGCAAAAUGACGACGACUCGACAGACAGAGACAAAGCUAUGAAUGACGCUAACGAGAAGAGACGCCGCGCGCAAGACACAGUCAGAUCCGAGGCUGCCAUGGCCCGAACGUGGCGUGAUCUCAUACCAGUCAUUAAAAUCGAUGUCUGCUCGGGUAGAGUCGUUUUUGGUAAUCGCCUAGUACCGACAACUCUGUCUAUAAGCAUCGAAGAAUCUCAUUUAGUUUACAGUACAAAACCUCCCGCCUCUAGUUUAGACCAUCUUAUGCAUUUUGUAAAAGCCAAAGCAGAAAACUGCAAAGUGAUUUUGGCGCCCAGUCCUAAUUACACUGCAAUGGUAGACGAGCCACCUAGAUACAUGGGUGAAGGGUUCGUAGUGAUGAGUUCAAAUUACAUAGAAGUCUACUUCUAUAUGGACGAACCGGGGUUGGUUCCGGAACAACCUGUUCUUCUCCGACUGGCUAAUGGUGACGUAGUAGAAUCAGCACCACCUAUUUGGGGAGUCGAUAUUAAAUGUGGCAAAGGCACAGAUUUCAGUUACGGUCCCUGGGCAGACAGGCAAAGAGAUAAUUUAUUCAAAUUUUUCUUUCCACCAAACUAUAAAAACCUAGAAGUGACACCACAGCCAAAACCUGGCGAUAGAAGGCAAACUCAAUCAUUCGAUAUACGAUUGUCGACUCUAAAUGAAGCUACCAUUGAUAUUUUGUUCACAAAAAAUAAAGAAACCAAUGCUGUUCACAUUAAUAUUGGAGCUGGAUCCUAUUUGGAGGUCACUCUACCAUGGAUUGUCUUACAAGAUGGAUAUACCACUAAAAUUACUGGGCAGCUUCUCCACCUUGAAGCGACAACAAGCCUUCAAUAUAGAAGCUUGGCAGAAAGCGAAACACUGGAAUAUACAAUCAAAUGCCACUAUCCUCUUGUUUGGAACCAUCAUCAAUGUUGGCUGCUAGGUCUGACGGGAUGCAAAGCAACUGUUCACCUUGUGUACACACAUAUAGACUUCUUUCAGGAUUUGAUAAAUGACUGGUCGAACAAGUCACGUCCUGACAUAUUGCAUUUUGUUCCAUACACAUGGAAAAUUUCACUGUUACUGAAAGAGUGUGAGGUGGUGACAGUGAGUAAUCAGUAUAAUUGGAUUGACUGCAGUUCCACCAAUCAAGAGAAUAAUCACGUCGCUUUUUGUGGCGAUCUUUUGGACGUGUCCUUUGACUUACCAUUCAUUGAUUACUUACCUGAUGUUAUACCUUUGAAAAUCUGGAUUCAAGGCGAGGCAGUUGAUAUGAGCUUAUAUCUGCCAGAAGUCAAUACCUCAAGGCUGCUACUCUUGUCUAUUGACAAAAAUAAGAAACUAGUCCCCUGCAGAUUAAAAGCAUCGAAAUGGCGAAGAAAGUGCGUAAAAUCACAGGGCUGGGUGGAUUGUUGGUCUGUCCCUAUCGUCGCCCUGAGUGUCAGGUAUAAUUAUCAUCCAAUUCCACCGCUGGGACCUGAGCCACAAGCUGACAUCACUACACCAGAAAAAGAAGAGAUUCUUCUAUCACCAAUGCGAAUACCCAGAAUGAGGAAACAACCUCAAAUAAAUUGGACGUUGGACGGCAACAAAUUCGACCGUACUUCAUUACCUCCGGAUAAAGUAAGCGUAGAGCUAGAAGUGGGGCCGUCGAUCCUACUCGCCUACGGCACCAUAAUAACAAGUUUUCUAAACUUACUUGAAAAUAUAUUUGGAGAAGAUCAAACUUUUACCGACAUGCAAAAAGUACCAAUUAAUGAGACCACUACAAAGUUGAAUGACAGAAGUAGCAUCAAUCAGCAUACUGAGAUUUCAAUUGAUGACUCAACAGAUAACAGCAAAAGUCCUUUUGAUCCUAGACGCUGCAGACCACUGGAUGUCUCUGUCUCGAUUAUUAUUCAUGAUAUUCAGGCACAUUUAGUCAAGAAUUGUAGUGAAAGUGAGCCACCUUGUCCUGUCAUAUUAAUAGAGCGCUUUGGCUUUGAAAUGGACAAAAGAUUCAAAGAAACGAAACUUCAGUUGCUACUGAGUCCCUCAAUACUUGUGUCAUCUAACAACAUGUCACGGACUAAUCAAAAUAAUUCAGGGGCACUGCACCAAGGUCACCUGAUGCUCUCCUCUUUCCAAUUGCGAGGGAAUGGUUUCUUCAGUGAUACAAAUCGCUCCGCCGAAGAAGAAACCGUAGAAUAUGCUUGGAUGAUGGAAUUACAAUUAGGACAAUUAACAGGCCGCUUGACAUUGCCCCAACUUUACCAAAUUAUCUCAUCUUUGGAGACCUUUUUAUUGCUAAUUUGUGACAGUGAGAACGAAUUAGUUCCUCCAAAUUCUACUAAACAUUGCCAUCAUGGUAUGAUCACUGCCAUGUGCCCUGAAACCGAUUCUACUUUAAAGUAUCGAUGUCCAACUUCAAAUGAGAUAAAAUACAAAAUGAUUCGAGUUGCAGUCGAUCUGAUUGAUAUCUAUGUGGCCGACACCAACACGACAUUGCAAACUUGGAUAUCACCGAUAAGACUGAGUUUCUGUAACCUUCACGGUGUUGGCUUUGGAACAGGUAUCACAGCAUUGUUACCAAAUAUAAAGUUAGCGCUUUACACUCAAACGACUUUGCACACACAUCAUUCUAGUGGAAGCAACAGCAGCCAGCAGAGCAAACAGAUAGACAGCGAUAACUGGGUAGGAGUUGGAUCUAUAUCAUUAGGUCCUGUGCUGGUAGAAGGAGCCUCAUCUCUACCUCAAAGCCCAAAGAACUUACAUUUUGUUCAGCAAAAGUUCCUAAAAUUACACGAUGAGAAAACGAAAAGGUUGUGGUUUAUGUGGCCAAACGAAUUAAAGAGCACACAAUGCGGUUGUUGUGGUGGUUGCGCAUUUUUCGGUUCCAACAGAAAUGGGCCUAAUUUCCUGAAACCAAACCCUUCUGACCUUAAUGAAGGUAUCAACGUAGCUAUGUUUAAUGUAAUAGAAACGACCCCCGGAGAAUAUGGAUAUGGUCAGAGUCUGUUGCAUCCUGGACAACUUGUGUUUCAUACACCACCUUACAAUAGCUUGAACGUAUGUCUUCAGCCAACAAACGUUGCAACUUUAAUACCAUCACCGCUACCGCAAAAUCUCAACAAAUCGCCUCAAAGUGUAGAACGACGAAGCUUAACUAGAAGAUUUUCGUACACAAGUAUGAGCAAAGGGAGUAAUAACGUUUUGGUCUCAAGUACUAAGAGCGAUGUUCCGUAUGCGCGCCUUGUCGAUGCGAGUAUUCCUUUGGGAAGUUCCAAAAUCGACAGUGACUCGAAACUUAACAAAAGUAUAUUGAACGUGCCUCAAAUGGAAAGCAGUGUUUCUGAUUCAAAACUGGCUUUGAGUUGUGGUAUAAAAGAUAACACUAACGUGACUCUAAAAAAGCAUACGUACACUGAUAGUGAGACAUUUAUAGUGCCAAAAGUUCCAUCCAGAACUGUGGGAGUUUCUGAAUCCCAUUACUCUCUUAAUUCGCAACCACCUUCAGAGGACACUGUACCACAAGAAGUACACAGAACUAUGUCUAUAACCAGUGAAAAUCAUUCCGAAGCAUUCUUCUCUGCUGACGAAGACAUGUUCCCGAGUCGAUCAUCAAGUUUGAAACAUUCUUUUGGUAGUCGGCAUAGCAACCAUAAAGAUAAAAGUUCAUUUGGCAUCAAUGACAUAACAAAUGAAAAAUGGACUAACUCCAUGCCAAGAUCAGAUAUAAUGGAUGGGCCAGACACUAUAAGUAAUUUGAGCACAGGUGCUCAACCCGACUCUGAAAGCGGCUCUGUUUCAUCUACAUCUUUUAUAUCUGCUAUAUCAUCACAAGAAGAUAUGACUCUUGUCAAUUUACAUAUGCAAACUAACAAACCAAUAGUAGACUCACCUUUGCUGAUGUCUAGUUAUAUGCAUAAUUUGCCACAGUACAAGUGUUCUAACUGGGCUUCUUGUUCUCUACCCAGUGGUAGUGACGUCUUCACCCUGCCUCUGUUUAAAAAAGCCGAAGAUGGUACUUUGAUAUAUGUUGGACAAAAGUAUCUGCCAAAUUUCGAACAAACUGGAAAGGUUAAUAAUAUUUUGAAACUGAUAUCAAAGAAAGAGCAUAAUAAUCAGAACCAGCAUGGGCCAUAUUCGAAUCUAACGCCUCACUUUAAUUCCCAAAUUAAGGCCCACCCUUACCCUCAAGCUUGGUGGGACAUCCAGCAAAGUGUUCAAGAUAACCACGAGAAUACUGAUAAGAGUACUACAUCAACAGCAACGACAACAAGCGAUAGUAAAAAUGGUGUGUUUAUAAAACUCCGCGGAGAAAUAGAUAUUAUGUUGACACCACUAGUUCUGGAGAGCACGCAGAAAUUCGUCGAAUCCCUGACACCGGUAUUGGCAAAUGUACAUCCUAUAACAGUGAUCAAUCACUUAAGACUGCUCUGUAUUUCGUCUGUUGAAAGUUCUAAUGUAUUGAAACAGAAACAAUAUGUAAUGAACUGGCUGCCUCAGAUGCAGGCGCAUAACCAAUCUAAUGUAGCGGAUAAGGACGACAAAUGUAAGGUUGCGACAAUACCGCAUUCAAACGUAUAUGAAGAAACCAUAUGCGACCAACUCCAGGCCACUGUAUCUGUGCCUAAAGUAAACAUGAUCUUCAUUCAGUCAUCCGUCGUUGAAGACAUGAUAUCGUUUUCUGCCCUAGACAAUAUUCAAGAUUUAACGUGUGUGUCAUUGUUUGGAGUAUCAGUGGAGAACAUAACGGCUAAGUAUGUGAGCUCUAAGAAGACUUUGGAUUCCGUGCAACUAUACUACAGGCCCACUUUACGAGCUCUUGGUAGUAAAAAGACCUUUGGGAUCAUGAAAGGUCCUCGAGCAUUAAUAUCCACGCAUUCAGGUGGUUCUGGACGAAAAAGAGGUCCGGAGAAAGGUGACCCUGUAUACAUAGAAACUUCUCAACAGCAAUCUGAGGAUACUACGAUCACUUUGAAUGUUGGCAAGGUGCAUGGUCAGCUAAGACGUAUACGAAACGAGUCAUCUCAACUAAAGGAUGCGACGAUAACUGGCAUACCAUGCCAGCAUUCGAAAGUAGCCUUCAAGUUUAUGAGAGCGGACUCUUGCUCUAAAGGAUGCGAGUCUAUGUGUUGUCAAAAUGGAUCAACUGACGGACAAAAGGAUAAUGCUAUUGGCUAUAUAAUGUUUGAGUGCGGUCUCGAAGGUAUAUCGAUAAAAGUAUCUAAGCACUCACAAUGUCAUAAACCAAACGAGGAGAAGAAACCAGUUCGAACUGACAGCGAAAGCUGCAGGGAAUCUGUGAAAUCGUCAGAGGAGUUAAAGCCAGAUAAAGAUCGAAAUACUAAAGCCCGAAGUACCGGUUUCGAAGAUUUGUUCCGAAAAAGGGAAUCAAACUCCAAACCAAGUACUCCGAACUUAGGAUCUGCUCAGCCACCUCCAGUGCCCCCGGAGCCUUCCACACCGGGACCUGAAGAGCCCUCUACCAACGAUAGCAGCACUACUAUGGUACCAGUGAAGGACAAUGGAAAUAUGUCGUCCUGUGCUAUAGAUCUCAAAGUGGUCUGGUUUAAUUUCGCUGCUCCACCUCGCACGCCGAUUACCAAAAAGAUUGAUUAUACCAGACUGGACUGGAAUCUGCUGAGUACGGCAUCGCCAGCCAUUAAUGCCUGGAUGAACCCGUGCAAUCGGCUCGGCAUUCGAGUAGUGGCGUUGUACCGCGCCCACGCACGUCGCCUCACCGCCACCGCGGCCAGCCUAAUGGCUGCUGCCUUAGACCUCGCGCCUCACCACACGCUGCCCAAGAGCCGGUACGGGCGGCACACGCCGAUGGCGAAGCAGCUGCGGGAGGAGCCGUCGCUGCAGCUGUGCGGCGUGCUGCUGCGGCACGCGCUGCAGGCCGACGCCGCCGCGCUGCAGGCAGACCUCGCAGACAGACACCUGCCCUCGCUCUCCACCCUGCGACAGGGCGUGAUAGUCCUGAGCCGACAGUGGAAGAACAUUCUGUACACGCCGCUGUUACUGGAACAUAACUACAAGAGUAAGAUGAUGAAGCCGCUCAACGUAACGUUUGCACUGCCGGACCUGCUCGAAGACUCCGUGGAAGGCUGGCAAGAGUAUCAGCUCGACAAUGAGACCCUGGACGAGAACUGUCUACUGCUCAACAUCGAGACGGACAAACUUCAUAUUCCUGCGUCGGCGGCGGGCAGUAGUCCGCGCCCGCACUCGUUCCCAUCCACGCCGCCCUCCGUCCGCGGCGCGCAGAGCAGCCGCGCGAGCCUAGCGUUCCCCUCGCUGCCGUUCUCCACGAGGAAGCCAGCCUUCCAGGACGAUGCUAUUGCUAACUAUGGCACUCUGAAGGAGGACCUGCCCACAGUGGGUUCGAACCCGUCGCUGUACUCGCCACACGGUAGCGACGAAAACAUCAAGAACGACCGCGCCAGAGAGGACUUAUACCAAUGGAUGGCUAAACAAGAGCCCAUCAAAGUUGAGCCAAAGAGCAAGAAACCAUUCCCUGCGUCGAAGAUAAACCCUCGCGCGAUGGCGGCGUCGCUGCCGGCGUGCAGCCUGUACCCGCUGCAGGGAUCCUUAAUGCUGUUGGAUGCUCACCUGGUAUUCCAGCCGCUGCUGGCAGCGCUCGGCGUGUCCCCGCACCAGGUCGCACACGGCGAGAGUCGGAACAAGAGCGGCGCGGGCGAGGGCGAGGCGGCGCCGGCGCUGGAGUCGCUGGGGUCGCGGCUGUCGCUGCUGGCCUGGAUGGACACCUUCCGCAUCGACAUCGUCGUCAGCCACCUGCCCGCCAGGGACAGGCGCCACUCCAAGGGGAAAGGCAACUCGAGUCAUACUGAUAUACCGUCAGAGACGCCAGCGUUCCUAUGCGAGAAGGUGUCGAUAGACGUGGACAUGAAGAAAGUGGCGGACGUGACGGUGGACGAUCUAAUACAGAGACAGAACGUGUUGUACAUAUCGCGCGGGCAGCUCAAGAAGCACAUCAGCACCAUGCUUAACUUCAACGUCAGCGUUAGAUUCAUAUCCCAACAGGUGAACAUGCCGUUACUACGACUGCUGCACCAGAUCAGUAACAUGUACCAGAACGUGAAAGAGACGCAGACUGAACUGCGUACUCAGACAAAGAUAUCACACAGACAGAAUAAACACACAUCCUCGUCAGUGUCGGUGUCGGAGUUCCGCGAGAGCGUGGUGUCGUCGUCGCUGGAGAAGGAGCCGGCGGAGCGCGGGCCGGGCCCCGCGGGCCCCGCGGGCCCCGCCGGCCCCGGGGGCCCCGCCGCCGCGCCGCGCCCGCGCCCCCAGUCCUUCGCGCAGAAGCUACGCUCCACCAGCAAAAGCGUCAAGGGCAAGCUCGGGUACAGCUCGCUUAACGAGGGCGCGCACACGCCGAUGUUCACGGCGGAGCUGCCGCCGGCGCCCCCCUCCCCCGCGGUGGCCCCCGCGCCCCCGGCCCCCCUCCUGGCGCCGCGCUGCUGGCGGACCGUGUACCAGCUGCUCGACCUGUACGCCAACAUGCCCGACGCAGAGACCAUCAUGCACAGGUUCUCCGUGUCGACGGACAUCCCGGAGCAAUGCCGGGCACCACGUGCGCGGCCCAGCUCCCGCGAGCAGACCGCCAGCAACUCCUCCGCCGCCGCGCCCCGCGGACUCGUCGUCGUCGGCAUCGCCAGGAUCCACCGCACGCGGCUGCUGGCGUCGCUGUCGGGUCUGAAGCUGGAGGCGGAGCUGACGUCGCUGCAGGGCUCGCUGUCGGGCCGCGGGCCGCGCUCGCUGGCCGGCACGCUCGGCCGCGCCGCCAUCGUGCUGCUGGAGGGCGCCUCGCACCACCACCACCACCACCAGACGGUGGUGCGCGUGAGCGUGGGCAAAUCUCAGGCGCUGUACACGUGGGAGGUGUCGGGCGGGGGCGGCGGUGCGGGCGGCGCGGGGGGCACCGCGCUCGGCCACGUGGGCGGCGUGCGCGUGGACCUGCCGCAGCACCCGGUAGCGCUGCACGGCGUCAUGACGCGCUCCAGCCGCCAGCUGUCCACCACGCUGCAGGAGCUGGGAGUGACACUCGCCGCGCCCCGCGCGCCCCGCGCCGCCGCACCCCCCGCGCCCCCCGCGCCCCCAGACUCGGACGACGACGGCAGCCCCCCGCCCGCGCCGCGCCCCGCGCCUCCACCCCGCGUUCCCCCGCGACCGCUCCUCGACCCGCUACACCUGCAGUUCUCCGUCACACUACAGAGCCUGAGCAUCACGGCGGCCCUGCUGCCGUCUCUGCAGGCGCAGUAUCGUAUGGAGCAAGUAGAGAGCUCUGGUGUCACUGGACACAAGGCGCAAUUCACCAUCGAUCUGCCGCAGCAUUCUCUAAGUUUCGUCACUAAGCUGCAGACGCAGACGGAGGCGAACAUCCCGGCGGCGGCGUCGGUGGCGCUGCCGCGCGUGCACGUGGCGGCGCGCGUGCUGGACACGUGCGGCGCGGGGCCCGGGGGACCCGCGGGGCCCACGGUACACCCGGGCCCCCCGGGCCCCGCGGGCCCCGCGCCCGAGCCGCUGGAGGGCGUGGUGCUGCGCGCGGGCCGCUACCUGGCCGCCACCGCAGACAUCGGCCUCUUCGAGCACACGCUCUCCACCGACCUGCUCAACCAUCUUGUCUUCGUGCAGAAGGUCUUUAUGAAGGAAGUGAACGAAGUUGUACAGAAAGUAUACGGCGGCGAAAAGCCUGUGCCGCUGUGGAACGAAGAGGAAGCAUCUACGUCGGCGCUUAGCAAAAUAUUGUUCACGCUUAUCAUCAAAAUCAAGCGCAUCCAGCUGACGGCGACGACGCCUAGCAACUCAGCAGUGCGACUGGAGACGGGCGCGGUCGAGUUCGAGCUCUCCAACAGAGUGCAGAACGUGCCGCAGCGGCCCGGCGGACACCACCUGCGGCUGUUCGCGCGCGCGCAGGUGGACGUCAACCUAAGUCUGGGUCAAGUAAUACGUAACGCGAUGUUCGAGGAAGCGGAGCCCGAAUUUCAACAGUACGCGUUUUUCAACACCAGAAUCGCGAUGCGCAACGCGUUCCAAGACGAGAGCGUGGCCGGGCCCGACAAGGAGGUGGUGCUGAUCACCCUGAAGCGUCCGCUGGUGUACAUCCAGCCGGUGGCCGUGGACCGCGCCGUGCUCGUGUGGCUCAACUACAAGAACGCCUACGAGUACUGGAACGAGAAGCGGCUCACGCUCAACAAGGAGGUGCUCACGGCCACGCAACAGGUCCUGGAGAAGGUUCAACUGACCUCGCAGAUGUCUACGCCACACCUGAGUACGCUGUUCCUUCAGCUCAAUGUGGACGAUAUCGGUAUCUGCUUGCCGCUUAAUCAACCACCGCUGGCGUCGUGGAGCGAGGGCGAGUCGCGGGGCGCGGUGGUGGUGACGCUGGAGAGCACCAGCAUCUCGGCGUGCAGCUCGGGCGCGCUGGUGUCCAAGGGGCGGUUCGUGGGGCUGUGCCUGCGGUUCGCGGACGACUUCGAGACCUCGCUGGACGACUGGAAGCCCGGGCCCGACGGCCGCGCCAACGUCUGCUGCGUCUCCGAGGGCACCUACGAGGUCUGCAGCCGCACCACCGCCGCCAAGCACAACGAGAACGCAAAAUGGUUCCUGAACGUGUCGUGGCAGAUGGAGGGCGUGGACAUACACCUGGACGUGUCCGUCGGGAAGCAGCUGUCUGCGCUCGGACACACGCUCACCAUGCUCACUGGAUUCGAAGAAGAAGACCCGCUGAAAAUGGAAUACGAAAGUGAUCUAGACGACGAAGCUGACAAUAGUAAAGACUCACAAGAGAGUAUAGUGCUACGGCGCAAGUACACCGACCACCUGCCGGCGUUCGUGUUUGACACCACCAUCGACUCCAAGAAGAGGUCCAAGCUGAUCGAGAAGGAGAUGAACGAGCAGGCCAAGAUCAUCAACGACCUGCGCACCCUCGGCGCCAGCCACGCCACCAUCGAGCACGAGAUGAAGCGCCUCCAUGAGCUGGAGGCGCUCGUCUUCAAAGACUUCAGGAGGGAUAUGAUCCAGAAGUUGCGGCGGCAGAGCGUGCGCGCCAGCUCCAUCACCAAGGGCAAGCUGGGGCUCGGCUCCAACCGCAGUCGCUCGUUCGUGGCGCCCUCGCCACCCUCUGUGGUAGACUCAAACCUGGUGAUGCCCACCGGUGUCGGAGACUCCGGGGAGACGCUGCUGUUGGCCGACGACGACAACCGCCUCGCUGACAUCCUCGAGGGCAGCAGCUGGAGCUCCAUGGACAGUGAACCCAUCAACGGCGGUCGGGCGGCGUCGAGUGGCGGCGCGGUGCGGUCGGCGUCCGUGCGCGGCGCCGCCGGUGGUAGCAGCGGUGGUGGCGGCGGUGGUGGCGGUGGUGGCGGCAGCGGCGCCGUGCAGCGGCAACGGUCACUGCCCGCGGGCGGCGCGCGGUGGGCCGACGAGGAGCAGCUGGACCGGCUGGCGGACCUCGCGCACCUCUCGGACCUCGACCUGCUGCACCUGCGGCGCCCGCACCUGCAUGGACGAGGAGCAGCUGGACCGGCUGGCGGACCUCGCGCACCUCUCGGACCUCGACCUGCUGCACCUGCGGCGCCCGCACCUGCAUGGGAGCAGCUGGACCGGCUGGCGGACCUCGCGCACCUCUCGGACCUCGACCUGCUGCACCUGCGGCGCCCGCACCUGCAUGGGUACGAUGACGGGCGGUGGUGGUGGUGGUGGUGGUGGCGGCGGCGGCGGCGGCGGGCCGACGAGGAGCAGCUGGACCGGCUGGCGGACCUCGCGCACCUCUCGGACCUCGACCUGCUGCACCUGCGGCGCCCGCACCUGCACGGGUACGAUGACGGGCGGUGGUGGUGGUGGUGGUGGUGGCGGCGGCGGCGGCGGGCCGACGAGGAGCAGCUGGACCGGCUGGCGGACCUCGCGCACCUCUCGGACCUCGACCUGCUGCACCUGCGGCGCCCGCACCUGCACGGCGGCGGCGGCGGGCGGGCCGACGAGGAGCAGCUGGACCGGCUGGCGGACCUCGCGCACCUCUCGGACCUCGACCUGCUGCACCUGCGGCGCCCGCACCUGCAUGGCGUCCCAUCGUCAGACGGUGCGAAUGCGGACAGCAAACAGAACAAGAGUAAGACCUCAGAGCCGAAUAUUGACUUCGAACUGGACGUGAAGGUACACAUAAACAGCGGCAAAUGCGUCCUACACACCAAGGAGCCGUCCCGGGAAGACGACAUCAAGAUCGGGCGUAUGCGUGUGGGACGGUCGGCGUCUGGCGGGCUGUCGCACCACCAGCGACACCAGCCCGCACUCGACGCCACCGUGUUCAGAGUGCCCGGCCUGCACCUCAAGGUACACUACGAAUCUAAGACUGUGCCAGAAGACACGGCCUCCCCGGGCACGGGCGGCGGUGCGGGCGGUGCGGGCGGCGAGGCCGGGCCGGCCGCGUGGGCGCGCCGCCUGGCUUCCAAGAAGGCGGCGCUGUUCGCCUACAUCACGCUGCAGAGCAUCCCCGAGGAGACCAUCAUCAGCCCCCACAUACUCGAGUUCCUCGAGCAGACGCUCGAACCCAUACCCACUAAGGCGUCCAUCUUCCCUUCCUCAUCGGAGGCGUCGGGGGGCGAGGCUGGCGCGGGUGCGGGGGGUGCGGGUGGCGCGGGUGGUGCGGGUGGUGCGGGGGGUGCGGGGGGCGCGGGUACGUACGGGCAGUACGUGUACGCGUCGUUCCCGGUGGACGUGAUCGUGCACUUCCACAUGCAGCCGUCCACGUUCCGGUUCAGCUGCCUGCCGGCGUCGCGCGUGGAGUGCCUGCUGCAGCUGCCCAGCCUGCAGAUCGUCUUCAGCUCCAAGCGCGCCGGCGACGAAGAAAUGGCGGAGCCUGCGGUGGCGAUGGGCGGGCUGAGCGUGACGGGGUGCCUGGCGGACUUCUCUGUGUACAUCUUCCACCCGUACGGCGGCAAGAAGUCCAGCCUCAAGGAGGCGCAGUGGUCGCCGCUCUCCGACUCCGAGCGGAAGGACUCGCUCAGCAUCAACGUCGAGUUCGUCAAGUUCCACCUCUCGCGCUCCAGGAAGCUCGACUUCCAUUCAGAUCAGGAUCAGUCCAAAGCCACCGUUCGGUUUUCCACGAUCGUGGACGUGGGCCUGGCGUGGUUCAAGUACGACAUGCGGCGUCCCUCGGGGACCUCAGGCGCGCGACACACACGAUCCCCCGCACCUAUGUGGCGUUCCCGAAGUACCCCGACCCCCGCACCUGGACCCCCACACGUACGUACCCCGACCAUCGUGCGCCGCAUGUUCCUCGGGGACCUCAGCCUCAACGCGCGCGACGCACACACGUACGUACCCCGACCCCCGCACCUAUGUACCCCGACCCCCACACGUACGUACCCCGACCCCCGCACCUACGUACCCCGACCCCCGCACCUAUGUACCCCGACCCCCACACGUACGUACCCCGACCCCCGCACCUAUGUACCCCGACCCCCACACGUACGUACCCCGACCCCCACACGUACGUACCCCGACCCCCGCACCUACGUACCCCGACCCCCGCACCUAUGUACCCCGACCCCCACACGUACGUACCCCGACCCCCACACGUCAAGUAACAAUGUACCGGUGUCACCUGUACUACCUCAGAGAGAGAAAACUAAGACUGUUGAAUACCAAAAAACUAAAGAGCCCCCAGCGGUGGGGGCGGCGUGGGAGACGCUUGUGUUGUUCGCGGUCAACUUCACGCGCCUCAACGUACACAUGAACAUGGGGAACGUCAUGGGCAAUGUCAGCUGGCAGAGCCGCGACUUCAACUGCACGGGCCGCCUCAGCAUCGGCAGCACCGGACACCGCAACAUGCUGGUGGGCGUCGCACUCGCUGGCUCCUCCCUCGACGCACGCGCAGGCAUCGUCGGGGGCGCCAUCUCACUCGCCUCCAUCGACACCUACGUGUACAUCGCGGAGGAGCCGGGCAGCUGGCCGGGCCACGUGUGCGGCGUGCGGCUGGCCGCGCUCGAGCUGCGCCUCGAGUACAUGGGCACCCCCGUGCUGCUGGCGCGCGUGUCGCGGCUGCGGCAGGCGCUGCGGGACCGCUGGCGGCCGCCCCCGCCACCGCCGCCACCACCGUCACCACCGUCACCACCGUCACCACCGGCCUCCGGACCGGCCAUGAUCCUGACACACGGAACACUGAGUUGGCACCAACUUCAGAUCCUCAUGAGUCGAAGCACCACGCCUGACCUGCUGAAGAUGCAGCUCAAACUCGAGGAAUUCUUCACGCAGCAGUUCAAGUCCAGCAAGCGGGUGUUCAGUUCGCUCCACCCGAACUACAGUAACUCGAGGCGAGACAAAAGAGAACCGGCCCCGCACCCGACGGCAGCGGGCGAGCCGGGUGGUGGCGGUGGUGGCGGCGGUGGUGGUGAGCUGCGUCACCACCGCCACUGGCAGCGCGUACUCGACCUGGUGGCCGGACUGCGACUCUCCACGCUGCCCACCCCGCUGCCCGCUAACGGCACUGUGGUAGGUGGCACGAUGGAGUUACACGGCACGAACAUAUCGCUGGCUUGCUUCCACGGGACCAGCUUCAAGGCCAAGUCCUGGGCGCUGUUCAGUCUCAAGGACCCCUGCAUCAGCUUCUCCACUGAAGCACGGCAAGUCGCUGAUGAUGAAGGCUCGCUGGAGGUGCACGUGGUGCAGAGCCUGACGGCCAGCCUGGGCGACAGCGGGGGCGCGGCGGGCGGCGGGGGCGCGGGCGGCGGGGGCGGGGGCGGGGGCGGGGGCGGGGGGCACCAGUCGAUGGCCACCGUGUGCCGAAUGACGCGCGCGAUGUUGUUCCCGCCGCAGUUCAAGACGCUGCGGGAGUGGUUCCACUACGCCUUCGCUAAUAGUGAGAUCGACGCGAUCGAGUUGUUCCCGUCUCUGGAGCGCGAAGCUGGCGCCGGCAACACGGGCAGCGCCGAGAGAGACCGCGGGGCGGGCGCGGCGCCGGGGGCGGCGGGGGGCGCGGGCGGGGGCGGGGGCGGGGGCGCGGGCAACAAGCCGGCCGACAAGCACGUGCGCGAGGUGAUCUUCGCGCUGCCCAGCCUGCAGCUGCACCUCCGCACGCAGCACCGGCAGCGACACGCGCCGCCCACCGAGCACGAUGAAAAACCGAUAGUGGAAUGCAGCUUCAUAACUGAAUUCGAGGACCACAUAUUCGUGUCUGUGGACGCGGAGGCGUUCCUGUUCUUACAUGAUCUCAUCUCGUCUUACAUCAAAGAAAAAGACCGUGUUAUGCCGACCGGAGGGCGCGGCGCGUGGGGCGAAGGGACCAGCAACGGGGCGCCGCGUGGGGCGCGCGGGGCGCUCGCGGGGCCCGCGGGGCCCGCCGCCGCCGCGCCGGGGCCCGCGGGGCCCGCGGGGGGCGCGGCCGGGGCGGGGGGCGCCGCGCCCGCACACGAGGGGCUCGUGCAGGACUACCGCGACUACCGCUGCGUCACUUGGCAUCUCGAGCCCACCGUCAGACUGCUGUCCUGGGCUGGCAAGUCCAUCGAGCCAUACGGCGUGGACUAUAUCCUGCAGAAGCUAGGCUUCAGCCACGCUCGCACCACCAUCCCGAAGUGGCUACAGCGCGGAACCCUGGAUCCACUCGACAAGCUACUAUCACUUAUACACCUACGGCUAGUCACCAUCGUACCACACGAGUGAACUAUCUCUUCAGGUCAGGUACGAAGUUUCAAAAUACAAUUAGUAAAAUUAUAAGGUUUUUUUACAGUAGAACACUGUUCGAAAUGUUACAGCCAAAUACACAAUUUUAAGUGUCAAAUCAUGAAACAAAGACUGUUGAAAUAGUUUAAUUUUAUUAGAUUAUGACAUAGCACAAUUUGUGGUAGAAUUUAUGGCAAUUAAAUGUUACUUCAAUUAUGAAAUAUCAGCGAGAUCGAUAUAGCGUUUCGUUGCUUCCAAAUUUUGGAACUGCGUUUCGUAAUAGACAUAAUUCUAAUGUGAGAUAAAGUGUGGAGAUAGUAUUAUCCAAAAUUAACAACCAUUAUAGAAUGUCUUAUUUAAACGACAAUUAAAUCACUUACUCAUAAAAUCGUCAAACGUCUAAUAAAUUUAUUUUAACUAUUUAUAUUAUUUUGUCUUAAAAGAGUUAUUUUCGUAAUUUGAAAGAAUGUCACAUUCAACAGUUUCAACGAGUAAGAAACUGUAGUGUUUUUAUGAGUAAGGGUGUAAUAUUUACAUAUAAAUUUUGAAGAUUUCGUGAUAUAGAUAUAAUAACUUCUAAAAUGAGAGUCAAACUAGCGCCAAUUUAUACGUAUGUCACUUGAAAUGGGACUGUACAAAAUUUAUGAAGAAGACAUGUUUUAUAAAUGGAAAAAGAUUAUGUAAUGACACUUUUACUAUUCGUCAGCUACUAUAGAAAUAUAU